CCAGCCCUGCCCUACCUGAGCUGCCGGAGGCUCCGGGUCUCGGAACUCGUACCGCCGUUGGGGCUGCCGCUGUGGCAUGGGUACCGCCAGCCUGCUCUGGGUUUUCUUGGCUAUCGUCACGCCAGGGGUCCUCGGUCAGUGUAAGUUCCUGCCAGUGUAUGACUUUGCUAAGCCUAAAAUUCAGAGUGAUCAGUCUGAGUUUGCUGUUGGGACAUCUUGGGAAUAUGAAUGCCUUCCUGGGUAUAGCAAGAAGUCAUUCUUUACCACGUGCCUAGAGACCUCCAAGUGGUCAGAUGCUAAGAAAUACUGUAAACGUAAAUCAUGUGUGAGUCCUAGAGAACUCCUCCAUGGCUCUGUCCUCAUACCCAUGGGUAUCGUGUUUGGGUCAACAAUUACAUAUUCUUGUGAUGAAGGAUACCGACUCAUUGGUGACUCAUCUGCUACAUGUAUUAUCUCAGACAAUACUGUAAUCUGGGAUAAGGACAUGCCUUUUUGUGAAUCUAUUCCUUGUGAGUCACCCCCACCCAUCUUCAAUGGGUACUUUCGCAGCAGCAGUAGCGAGUUUUACUAUGGAAUGGUGGUGACUUAUCAGUGCCACAUUGGACCCAAUGGGAAAAAGCUGUUUGACCUCGUGGGUGAGAAGUCAAUAUACUGCACCAGCAAAGACAAUCGAGUUGGCAUCUGGAGCAGCCCUCCCCCUCAGUGCAUUAAUCUAGUCAAAUGCCCAAUUCCAGAAGUUGAAAAUGGAAUUAUGGAAUCUGGAUUUAAACAUUCUUUUUCUUUAAAUGACACUGUGAUGUUCAAGUGUAAGCCUGGCUUUACCAUGAAAGGAAGCAAUAUAGUAUGGUGCCAACCAAACAAUACAUGGAAUCCUUCACUGCCAAAGUGCUUCAAGGGGUGUCUCCCACCUCCACAUAUCCACCAUGGUAAUUAUAACAAAAUGGAUAAAGAAUUCUUUCCAACUGGACAGGAAGUGUCCUACAGCUGUGAGCCUGGCUACACUCUCAUUGGAGCUGACUCUAUGCAGUGUACAUCCUUGGGAACCUGGAGCCAUAGAGCCCCCAAAUGUGAAGUGAAAUCAUGUGAUGCCAUUCCAAACGAACUUCUCAACGGCCAUGUGGUGGCUCCUCCUAGUCUCCAGCUUGGGGCAGAGGUUUCAUUUAUUUGUGAUGAGGGGUACCGGUUAAAUGGCAAAUCUUCUAGUCAAUGUGUCGCAGAGGGAAUGAGAGUACUCUGGAAUAAUAAGUUUCCUGUCUGUGAAUCGAUUUCUUGUGACCCUCCUCCUCCUAUCAAAAAUGGCAGGAAUAGUUAUGCUUCUGGCCUCAUACCUCUUAAUAGUGUGGUAAGGUACACCUGUUCAUAUGGCUUCCGCCUAAUUGGACACAGAAAUCUUUUUUGUACAAGUAAUGGCCAAGUGAAAGGAAUCUGGGACAAAGCUGCUCCUAUAUGUGAAUAUUACAACAAAAAUUCCAUUUGUGUUGAGCCCAUAGUACCAGGGGGAUACAAAGAUAAAAAAUCUAAGCCACUAUACAGACAUGGUGAUUCUGUGACAUUUGCCUGUUAUACCAACUUCACCAUGAAAGGAAACAAGUCCGUUUGGUGCCAAGCAAACAAAACGUGGGGGCCGACACCACUACCAACCUGUGAGAGUGAUUUCCCUCUGGAUUGUCCACCACUUCCCAUGAUCCCCAAUGGACAUCACACAGGAAAGAAUGUUGGCCCUUUUGUCCCUGGAUUUUCUGUGACUUACAGCUGUGAACCUGGCUACUUGCUUGUUGGAGAAAAGACCAUUAGCUGUUUGUCGUCAGGAGACUGGAGUGCCGUCAUUCCCACAUGUAAAGAGGCACGGUGUAAACCUCCAGCACCACUUCUCAAUGGGCAGAUGAAGGGGCCUCCAAGUCUUCGGGUUGGCGAAACUGUGGACUUUUCCUGUAACGAAGGGUAUCGAUUACAAGGCCAGCCUUCCAGUAGGUGUGUAAUUGCUGGACAGGAAGCUUUAUGGACCAAGAUGCCUGUUUGUGAAGAAAUUCUUUGCCUGCCACCUUCUCCCAUUCUCAAUGGAAGACAUACAGGCCACCCUUCAAUGAACGUCCCGUAUGGAAGCACAGUCACUUACAUUUGUGACCCGGACCCCGAGAAGGGUGUGACCUUCAUCUUGGUUGGAGAGAACACCAUCCGUUGUACCGCUGAUGGUCAGAAGACUGGGAUAUGGAGUGGCCCUGCCCCACGCUGCGAACUUUCUCUUCCUGAGAUUGAGUGUCAACCUCCCCAGAUCCUAAGAGGCCAAAUAUCAUCUGGGCAGAAAGAUCAGUAUUCCUAUAAUGACACUGUGGUAUUUGCUUGCUUGCAUGGCUUCACCUUGAAGGGCAGCAAGGGAAUACGAUGUAAUGCCCAAGGCACGUGGGAGCCAUCCGCACCAGUCUGUGAGAAGGAGUGCCAAGCUCCUCCUAAAAUCCUCAAUGGGCAAAAGGAAGAUAGACACAGGAUCCGCUUUGACCCUGGAACAUCCGUAAAAUAUAGCUGUGACGUUGGCUAUGUGCUAGUGGGAGAAGAAUCUUUACGUUGUACCUCCGAGGGGGUGUGGACACCCACUGCCCCCAAAUGCAAAGUGGCAGAAUGUGAACCCAUAGGAAAACAUCUGUAUGAAAAACCCCGGGAUCAAUUUAUUAGACUGGAUGUUAACUCUUCUUGCGAUGAAGGGUACCGAUUAGGUGAGAGUGUUUAUCAGCCUUGUCAAGGUGCGAUUCCUUGGUUUAUGGAGAUUCGUCUUUGUAAAGAAAUCACCUGCCCACCGCCCCCUGUUAUCAUCAAUGGGACACACACAGGGAGUUCCUCAGAAGACAUUCUGUAUGGAACCACAGUCACUUACACAUGUAACCCCGGGCCAGAGAGCGGAGUAACAUUCAACCUCAUUGGGGAGAGCACCAUCCGUUGUAUAAGCAACAAUCAGGAGAGGGGCAUCUGGAGUGGCCCUGCUCCUCUCUGUAAACUAUCCCUCCCUGCUGUUCAGUGCUCACGUGUCCACGUCGCAAAUGGAUACCAGAUAUCUGACAAAGAAGCCCCAUAUUUCUACAAUGACAGCGUGAUAUUCAAAUGUAAUAAUGGAUUUACUUUGAAGGGCAGCAGUCAGAUUCGUUGCAAAGCCAAUAACACCUGGGAUCCUGAAAUACCAGUCUGUGAAAAAGGCUGCCAGCCACCCUCUGGGCUCCACCAUGGUCGGCAUACAGGUGGAAAUAGGGUCUUCUUUGUCUCUGGGAUGACUGUAGACUACACCUGUGACCCUGGCUACUUGCUUGUGGGAAACAAAUCCAUUCACUGUAUGCCUUCAGGAAAUUGGAGUCCUUCUGCCCCUCGGUGUGAAGAAGCACCAUGCCAACCUGUGGGAAAAGAUAUUCAAGAGCCUCCGGCUGGUUCGCAUGUGAUACUGGUUAAUACUUCCUGUCAAGAUGGGUACCUGUUGACUAGACAUGCUUAUCGGAAGUGUCAGGACACUGAGAAUGGUGUUUGGUUCCAAAGGAUUCCACUCUGUGAAGUUAUUCACUGUCAACCCCCAACAAUGAUUCACAAUGGGAGGCACACAGGUGUGAUGGCUGAACACUUUCCAUAUGGAACUGAAGUAUCUUAUGAAUGUGACCAAGGAUUCUCUCUUCAGGGACAGAAAAAUAUACGAUGCAUAAGUGAUUCUAAAGGACGCGGAUCUUGGAGUGGACUGCCUCCACAGUGCUUAAAACCUCCUCCUGUGACCCACUGCCCUAACCCAGAAGUCAAAAAUGGACACAAGUUAAAUAAAACUCAUUCUUCAUAUUCCCACAAUGACAUAGUGUAUGUUGUCUGCAACCCGGGCUUCAUCAUGAAUGGCAGUCACUCGAUUAGGUGCCAUACCAAUAACCAAUGGGUGCCAGGUAUACCAACUUGUAUUAAAAAAGCUUUCUUAGGAUGUCAACCUCCAUUUAAGAUCCCCAAUGGAAAUCAUACUGGUGGAGAUGUAGCUCGAUUUUCUCCUGGAAUGUCAAUCCUGUACAGCUGUGACCAAGGCUACCUGAUGGUAGGAAAUGCACUCCUUCUUUGCACACAUGAGGGAACCUGGAGCCAACCUGCCCCUUAUUGUAAAGAGGUAAACUGUAGCUUCCCAGAAUAUAUGAAUGGAAUCCAGAAAGGGCUGGAGUCUGGGAAAAAGUAUCAGUAUGGAGCUAUCGUCACUUUGGAGUGUGAAGACGGGUAUACCCUGGAAGGCAGUCCCCAGAGCCAGUGCCAGGAGGAUCACCGAUGGAACCCUCCCCUGGCUGUUUGCAAAUCACAAGGCUCAUUUCCUCUUCUUGUUGGUGGGUUUUCUGCAGGCUUAGUAGUUCUUAUCUUCUUGGUUAUUGUCACCUUAUGCAUGAUAUUAAAAUACAGAAAUCGCAAUUAUUAUACAACUAAAAGCCCUACAGAAGAACUGCAUUUAGAAACACGAGAAGUAUAUUCUAUUGAUCCAUACAACCCAGCAAGCUAAUCAGAAGACAAAAUGUGUGCCUUCUGCUUGGAAUCAAACUGAACAUGGGUUGGAAAGAAACCGUUUGAAUACCAGCAAGUCUAUUUGUAUGCUCUCAAUAUCAGAGAAAAGAUCUCAUAAGCUAUAACUUCCUACGUGCACUUAUUCUCAAGAAGAACAGAGAAAGUUUGAUUGAUGAUAAAGAUGGGAGCCCAGUUUCACUGCCAUGUGCUCUUCAAGGACUUUUCAAAGCCUCACCUGUGAUGUGCCUGAAGCCAGGCUAUGGCUAUGAGCAAUUACAUAGCUCUGAAAGUGUCACUUUUUAAAGGAAGACACUAAAAAGAGCUGUCCUUGUAGUCAGCAUAACUUACUGUUACCAUAUACUUUUGGCUGUAGUGUGGUUUUGAUUUUUCAGCAAAGUGUGAAACAUUUCCUGUGAUUAUCAUGAGUUUUGUUGGGAAAUCUGAUUUUAAUAAUAGCAUCUUUCUCAGAUAUGGCUAAACAUUUCACUUUUAUUUCUACUUGAGUUAAGUUUUUCUCACAAUAUAUUGCCUGUGGUCAUUGGUUUAUUGGCUAUAAUUUAUUGGUUAUUGGUUUAUUUGUUGCCUUUCCAUAAUUAGUAAUUCUAAUUUGCACAUUUUUUUAAAGUUAUGGUGUCAAAUUUUAAUUCUUAACUUUUGGUGAGCAAUUCAAGGUUUGGGUGUUUCCAUGGCAGUUUUGUCAGAA